AUGCAGCUGGUCAACCGCCUAUCGCUAUCAGCGCUUUCUGCGCUUUUUGGUGACGUCAUCAGACAAAGUCCCGAGCGGCAACCGAACGCUGUUGGUAUUAUCUCGUCGGAUAAGCGUGAUCGAUGGGCAGAGAUCUACGAGCAACUCGAAGGAAACCCUACGAAUUCAUCUCAUCUUUCGGUAAUUGAAGAUGCUUUGUUUGUCGUAUGCCUCGAUCAAGAAGCUGAACCUGAGAAGGGCUACAGCGAAAAAGACGAACAGGCAAGACAGUGCUCCAUUGAAGCGGUUACGGAAGAGCAAUUCUGCUAA